AAGAUCAAGGGCCUGCUAUUCGUAUAGUUCCACAUAUUGACGGUCCCCGCUCUCUGCAUUUUGACAUCAUCGAACGAGAAGUUCCUGAAGGUGUGUUGAUAAAAAUUGGUCGUUUUACGGACAAAACUCAAGCACCAAAUAGGGUCACAUUUAAGAGUAAAGUUGUGUCCAGAGGUCAUGCAGAAAUUUGGACUGAAAGCGGCAAGUUUUACAUCCGAGACACGAAAUCAUCCUCUGGUACUUUUCUAAACCAUGUUCGGUUAUCUCCCCCGAGCUCUGAAAGCAAACCUUUUGAAUUAAACGAUGGAGAUGUUGUUCAGCUUGGAGUCGAUUAUCAAGGUGGAACAGAAGAAAUCUAUCGUUGUGUGAAGAUGCGUAUAGAGUUAAACCGUUCAUGGCAAAGACAAGCCAAUCCAUUCAGCAUCAAUGCAUUGAAACAGUUCAAACAACUGAUGAGUCCCGAGGCAUUAAGACAGCAAACUACAGAUUGUUGCAUUUGCUUAUGCGGAAUUGGUCCUUGUCAGGCAUUAUUCUUUGCACCUUGUUCCCAUAUUUUUCACUACAAGUGCAUAAGACCACUUUUAGUAAACCAUCACCCAGGAUUUUUAUGCCCACUUUGUCGUAGUUUUGCAGACCUUGAGGCACCAAUAGAUAACCCCAUUGAUUGGGAACAAUUACUUGCUGAACAUGAAGAGGUAGCGAAGAAAGAAAAUGAAGAACCCGAAAUAAACGCAAAUAAGGAUCAGGUAGUAGAACAAUCAGAACAAUUAGAUCAUGAAAACGAGAUCCCAAAUGCAGGGCCGUCUUCGUCACUGUCAAAUAUCCCACCGCCAAAUACAACAGACUCACCACAAUCUCAGGUGAACGCGAAUGAAAUUGACGAACGACUUAAUUCGCUCAGCCUCGCAACUACAUCAGCUUUAACGUCGAAAAAAACAUUUGCAGUGCCUAUACCAAGAAAUGGGAAAAUAUCAAAUUCUUCAGAUGACGGGGAUGAUCAAAACUUAACACUUAGUCGCACGUUACCAUCAAGUCCACCGAACUUACAAGUUUAUAUUGACGAAAAUCAACAUCAAUCACUUCGAGAACAAGGUGGCGCGCAAAGGUUAGGUGAGAUUGUUGAAGAAGAUGAAGGUUCAGUGGGUUCAUCGAGUCCUGGUAAAAGUCAAAAUCCUACAACACCACUUCAAGAAUCAAGUUGUUCUUCAGUUAGUAUAAGUGGCGACGAUGAUGCUAUG